AUGGCGACCACCAGCGAUGAAUGGGCUAUCCAAAACGACCCCAUGCGCAUAUAUCGGCUCAAAAGGGACGCAACCCAUGCUUCUGUGGCGUCAAAAUACUCUAUUCUUGGCUUUAUUUCUUCAGGAACAUACGGUAGGGUCUACAAGGCCCAAAGUCUGGGAGACGACGCGAGAAUCCAUGCUAUCAAGAAAUUCAAGCCAGACAAGGAAGGAGAUGUCGUAACAUACACGGGAAUCAGCCAGAGUGCGAUUCGUGAAAUUGCUCUGAACCGUGAAAUCGACCACGAGAAUAUUGUAGCUCUCAAGGAAGUAAUACUGGAGGACAAGUCCAUAUAUAUGGUCUUUGAAUUCGCCGAGCAUGACUUUCUUCAAGUCAUACAACACCACGCAACCGCGUUGAGAACUCCAAUAACAUUGCCUGUCCUCAAGUCUCUCAUCUACCAACUACUCAAUGGCCUGGUUUAUCUGCACUCUUGUCAUAUCCUCCACCGGGAUCUCAAGCCGGCCAAUAUUCUUAUUACGGCUUCUGGCAUCGUGAAGAUUGGAGACCUAGGUUUAGCGCGCUUGAUCUAUCAACCACUACAACCACUGUUUGCCGGAGACAAGGUUGUGGUUACUAUCUGGUAUCGUGCACCGGAACUACUGCUUGGCGCCAAACAUUACCACAAGGCAAUCGACUGCUGGGCAGUAGGUUGUGUCAUGGCGGAGCUUGCUAGUUUACGGCCGAUCUUCAAGGGGGAAGAAGCUAAGCUCGACUCGAAAAAGAAUUUGUUGGGACCCCGGACGGCAUGUUUAGCCCCUUUUUAUCUCCGAACUCUCAACUUUACUGUCCUCGCAGAACAAGAAUGGCCGGGAGUAAAAGAUAUGCCCGAGUACCAAAGCAUGAAGAGACUGGAUCACUUUACUAAUCGGCUCUUCGAUUGGUGUCAGACGCGCGUACGCUCACAAAACGGAUUCGACCUGCUGAGGCAGUUAUUUGCGUAUGACCCCGACACCCGACUCACGGCCAAAGAGGCACUUCAACAUAAAUGGUUUCACGAGGACCCGUACCCCACCUGGAAUGCAUUUGCAGCAGCCCCACAGCAGAUACCUCCCCAUCGAAGGAUAACGCAAGAUGAAGCACCUUCAAUGGUCCCGAUGCCAGCUGCGCCAUUUAAUGCCCAUUCUCAGUCGAAGCCCGGGAGCUCGGCGACUCUUUUUGCGCGGUGUGACGGUGCACGUGCGAGGAUGUCACAAAUCGUGAUUUUGUGUAUUUUGCUUCCUUCACUCCAACAACGCCGAGUCUGCUUAAUGGUGUAUCUGCCUCCGCCUCAACAUGCAUCGGCGUCGCGCCCUUCAUAUGGCCAUGCUUACGCAAACAUCCUGCGGGCACAUCGACAAUCCCCAUUGACUUCUGCUGCUUCUGUCAUCAUGCUCGUUGCGCCAGAUGUGGACGCCUUGUGUGCUGCCCGGAUGCUCGCUGAGCUGUUCAAGCACGAUGAUGUCAUGUAUCGUAUUAUCCCCGUAUCGGGCGUUACAGAGCUGGAGCAUGUCCGCGACGAGCUUAGUGUGGCAACCGAGCUCCGUACCCUAAUUCUCCUAAACAUGGGCGCAAUCCUCGACUUGCCCUCAGAAGAGUGGUUUGGCGAGUUCAGCACAAACAUGUCUGUCCAUGUCAUCGAUUCAGCGCGACCACAGAACUUGUCCAGUUUGUUUGGAGCUGGUGAGGCAGGCGAGAGGAUCAUAGUCUGGGACGAUGGUGCCGCCGCCGAUCUGGAGGAAGAGCGCAAAGCUUGGGAAGCGUUGACGUAUGAGCCACAUCCGGACUCGGAUGAUUCGGACUCUGAUGAAGAUGAUGAAGAGGUGGAGGAAGAUGAGGAAGACUACGAGCAAACGAGCGGGAAACGGAGGUCGCUUGGCGAUGGUGAGAGAGCAGGCGGUAAAAGGCGACGAGUCGAUCGUCCUCGACGGAUGACCCGCGAAGACCAUGAAAUAUACUCUGAGCGACUAGAAAAAUACUACAUGGGUGGAACAUGGCAUGGCCAAAGUGCAGCAGGAACGAUUUAUCUGCUGGCGACGGUCUUAGAACGCGUAGAUAACGAACUCUUAUGGCUGGCAAUCCUCGGUUUGACAUACCAAUAUACCACCGCCCGAAUAUCUCGCCAACAGUACAACGACUUGCAUUCGGUUUACUAUGACGAAGUCUACCGCCUGAACCCGCAACCGCUCGAAGAGGACGUCCUUACCCCCGAUGACUUGACUGUUCGAGCGACCGACGAACUCCGCUUCACUCUCUUCCGCCACUGGACCCUAUACGACGCCAUGCUGCACUCAAGUUAUGUUGCCAGUAAACUUGGCAUCUGGAAGGAGCGCGGACGCAAAAAACUAACUGGCUUGCUGGCUAAGAUGGGGUUUUCUCUGCAGCAAACACAAGAGCAGUAUGCCCUGAUGGAUAAAGACUUGAAGCAAACACUAGUUGUCAAACUCGACGAAAUUGCACCAGAGUAUGGACUGGUUGAGCUCAAGUAUCCGUCGUUUCGACGAUGUUUUGGAUACCGGUCUCAGCCGAUGUCAGCAGCAGACGCGGUGGAAGGCAUCAGUGCGCUUCUUGAUGUGGCGGGCGGCAUUCGAUUGGAAGUCGAGGUCGAGGGGGCCAGACGGGGCGGCGAGUGGUUUGGAGGAGGCAAACUCUGGGAGGCCCCCACCAACGGUCGUGACAACCGCAGGAGACGAGAAGAAAGGGAAAACAUCCCUCCGGGUGGUCCGCAAACCAAUGGUGGAGAUGCAGCCAAGUCUAAACGGGUUGGCGAAGGUGAGGAAAUGGAUGGCGAGGAAGAGACAGACUCGAAAGAGCUUCAAUGGUGGGUAAAAAAUUUCUGGACGUCAUUCGAUGCCCUCACAAACAUCGACUCCCUUCGUCGCGCAUUAAACCUCUCUAUGACCGUCCAUCGAGCGAUAAUUGAUCAGGGCACUUCUAUCAUCGACAAACAAGACAUCCGCACAAUGCGCAAUCACCGCGUCGUGGUGCUCUCCCAAGGCCCACAUCUGGCCCUCUUUUCUCAUCCAGGCAUACUUUCCCGACUUGCGAUGUGGCUCGUCGAUGCUUUACGGGAUCGUGUCCCGGGCACCACCCUCAGUUCAAGGACGAAGAAGGGUAGUCUGCCCUUUGUGGUGGCUUGUCUCAACGAAACGGCACAAACCUAUAUGGUCGUUGGUGUUAUGGCUUCGCUUGAUUUCCACCAAGUUCGGAAAAAUGAGUUUGGCCUCGCUUUUCUUGAUGCGAAAGAGCGAUGUAAUGCUCGGACACGACAUGGCUCCUUUGACACAAGCGUGCUGGAGAUCAAUCAGGACGAUCUCAAGACGUUUUUGGAAACUCUAUGCGAAAGCCGGGACGCUUGA